CAGACACGCGGACUUUAACGGCAGCGAACUGACGUUACUUUAACUUAAGUAACGACAUUUAAAAAGUGAACUGACGUUACUUUAACUUAAGUAACGACAUUUAAAAAGUGAACUGACAUUUGUCAGGAGGCUCACGUUAAUGUACCGCGCGAGGAGUGACGUCACUAAACAUUAGCACCGCGCGCACUUAGCCGAUUAGCAUCAGUUAGCCGAUUAGCGCACGUGGACUUCUCCAGGUGUCUGCGCCGUAAAGGCUCGGCUCGGUUUGUGUUCCAGCAGAGUGAGGCUGAUGGACUCAUCAGAACCGGGCUCGGUCUUCCUGAGAAGCACCUCAGCAGUUUCCCUCCACGAGCGGUUCUCUCAGGUGCUGGUGGACCAGCUGACCCGGUCCAGAAUGGUGACCUUUGACCCCUUCCAGUUGCAGCAGAGGAAGGCGUGCGACGUCCGGCCGGUCCUGCGGGUCAAGAAAGAGCCGCCAUCAUCGCCGCCCAGCCUGCAGACUCGCAGCUUGUCUGUGAGGAGGAGGAGGAGGAGGAGGAGGAGGAGGAGUGUGUGGGCUCGGCUCGGCUGGCAGAAGGUGACCCGGCGCCACUCGGCCUGCAGACCCAAAGGGUUCUGGAGCUUCAGGAACAAAUACAGGUGGAGCGCCAGGUCCACCUGCAGGAGACGAACGCCGCUCACCCUGCACCUGCAGGGGGGCGGGGCCUCUGCCUCCAGGUGGUCUGACAGAGACGUCCCAACCAGGAAGCAGCUGGAUGCACAGCUGGACCGGUACAUGUCCACGUCCAAGAGGCGGCUGGACCAGCAGCUGGACGACUACAUGUCCAUGUCCAGGAGCCGGCUGGACGCCGAGCUGGACGAGUACAUGUCGAUGGCCGGACAGACACACCUGGACUGGGACUGAGGGGGAGGGGCUGGGGGUGGGGCUCUGACAGUAGUUUAGUCUCAGGUGAGUUUGUUUGGUUUGUUGUUUUUUGUUGAGGCGCCCUGAAGGGGCCACGUGUACUUCACUGACCUCUGUGUGUUGACCUGAGGCUCCGCCUUUGUUCUGUUUUAAUAAAUGUUACCUGCUGAGUC